AUGCUGAUGUCCUCAUUCGUCUCCGCAGCCUCCCUACCGCCCGUCACCAUGGCGAUGGGCCCCGGCUCCACGGUUACAGUCGCUAAGCAACGAGGACCGCCACUGCAGCAGCAGCAGUCGUCCUUCCUCCUGAGAGCGCUCGUGUGCUCAAGCAUCAUGUUCAGAGUUUCACAUAUGGAAGAAAAUGAUGUAAAAGUGGGUUGGGGUGGUGAGGUGGGGGGGGGGGGGGGGGGGGGGGGGAGGUGUGGGGGGGGGGGGGGGGGGUGGGGUGGGUGGGGUGUGGGUGGGGGGGGUGGGUCCCUGAGAGUCCCCCUCCUCCACGUCACCAUCCACGAAGCACAAUACUCCCCCCACCCAUCCCGACACGCCCCCCCAAAUUACCAACCCACCGCCAUCCUCAACUAUCCGCCAGCCCGCCCCCCCAUUACCAACCUCACCCCCGGAUCCCACCCGUCCCCCACGCAUGUAUGUACUCCCGCUACACUAAGAAGCUACAUCCAUAUCACGAUGCCACAAAGCAGCGCCCCUACUCCGGGCUUCUCACGACACCAUUCCCGCUCCCCGCCACGAAGAAAGAAGAACAACAACCCCGCAUACCCAGAUUACACUCCGUCCAUUUUCCCGCAAGCAGUGCUGAAGGAAUUGACUAAGAGUACCACACUUGAUCGCUUCAAGAGAGCACAGAAAAGAAAAGACUGGGGUUCGCGGCCGGACACGACUCUCCGCGACGGCCGCAUCUUUCCCCCGCGACGCGUCAAAUCCACGAGCGCAUCAUUCACGCGGCAAAACGACGCCCCGCCGCGCGUCCAUUCAGUGACGCGGCGGAGGAUACGAACAAGGCGCGGUGCGUGUGAGAGCAGAAAGAUGAAAGAGAACACUGGCAAUGCGUAA